CGCAGUCUGGGCGAAGUGGAACAUGCAGGUACACAAGCCUAUUACAAAUGCGGCUUUAUAUACCUCAGUGUGACAGCUGGAGAGAACUGAAGGAGAAAUGUUCAGUGCCGGUAACCACAUAUACUGUAUACAAGCAUAUUGCACUGAUACAAUAUACAUGUAUAUAGGCGAAUACUGUACAAGACUAAAUAGUAGUAAGGCGGGUUCUACACUAGCUAUUACAAACAGUAAGGCGAGUUGUAGACUAGCUAUUACAAGUAAACAGUAAGGCGGGUUCUAGACUAGCUAUUACAAGUUAACAGUGAGGUAAAUCUUGCUGCUUGUAUUUUGUGGCAGUCAACUAGAUCGGUGCACAGUCCCUAAUCUGUAGGGCCAGGUGAAAAAUCGAAGUCUAGAAAAAAGCCUUUCGGUUGUCAUGUCAGGUGCUAGUAGACAACACCACCACCAGAGGUCAGUAACCUCGCAAAGAGACCAAGGUGAUCCGAGGGCGUCAACCUCCCAAAGAAAUAACCAGAAUAAUGAGCAGCAACAUAUUCAGUUGCAGUCACAAACACAGAGCCGACAUAGUUUCACAGACCAAGAAGAGGGGGGACAUCACGCACGGGCAGAAUCAAUCGAGGCGAGAAGUCACUAUGGCAGCUCCAUUUAUUUGAGAAGAGACUCGACGGAUUCACCUCUUCUGUUCGAAAUGCGAGGAGUGCUAUCGAGCCCCCCAAAAUCUGACAUUACAAACGCCAGGCUUGUCGAAGAAGAGGCCAGAAGUCACGCGCCUCGGGCGGAAAUGGAAGAGAAAGUUUGCAAGUGUACGCAGCCUGGAAGUUCAUGUUUUCUACCCACUAUGCACUACAACGGAGUAAAGUGUGAGCACCGUACAUGUGCCGCCAGGGAGCAGCACACGAUUGUCUUACCUCCUGCGUUUAAGGGAACCAACAUGGAAGGAUUAUUUGCACGACAAAAUACCACAGAUGGUACAAGCACGAACUUUUUUGACUCAAGUGCAGUGGACCCGAGCAGCGGAAAAACCUAUUACUACAAUUCCCGCACCGGUGACAGAACGUGGACGAUUCAACAUAAUACCUAACAUAACAUGGAUGCUGAUUUUUGUAGAAUAACUCGAUCGCAAUAGGAAGAGCAUUUUGUCUAGCAAACUAUGUCUCUAAAGUGUCAGAAUGAUCAUAAAUGAAAAUUAUCAAACACAAGCCGAAAUACUUUCAUACCGUUAGCUUACGACCAACCUGGACAUAGAUGUUGAUUGAUUUAGUAACAUUUACUGAAGAAAUAUUAAAUUAAAGGCGAGCUGUCAUUUGUUAGUAUGUUAUGCAGGUUAGGUUUUGUACAGAUUAUAGGCAAAAGUCUGCCCUUUAAUAUUUUGUUGAGCUUUUUUGAACAAUGCAAAGACACCAUUAGGAUGUGAUCUGAGCCAGGUCCUAACUGGAAUGUGAUCUGGGCCACUUAGGAAGUGGACUGUAUAAAGACUGUGACAAAAACAUGUACACUCAAUCUGGCCCUCUCCGUGAA